AUUUCCUUGGUAUGCGUGGGCUGAUAGCAAUACAUGUACGCAUUCAAAACACAGUAAUAUUCACUACUAUGAUUUUCCGAGAGUAUUCAAACCUCUCGGCAAAUUCCGUGCCAAACUCCGACACAUCAUUCUCGACUACACAGCGUCAACGACGUCGACGGACACCCUCAAAUAAUCCCCAAUGACUGAUUCAACUUUCAAACGUUUCGUAGAGGUUGGACGAGUGGUCCUUCUCAAGUCCGGCCCAUCUGCAGGCAAGAUCGCUGUCAUUGCCGAGAUCAUAGACCACAACCGGGCAAUUAUUGAUGGCCCAACCACCGGUGUACCACGCCAAUCAUUCCCCUACCGCCACCUCACCCUCACCCCUAUUUCUCUAACAAAACUUCCUCGCGGCGCAGGGUCUGGUGUCAUCCGGAAGCAAGCGGAAAAGGAGAGUAUCGUUGCUAAGUGGGAGUCCUCAACAUGGGCCAAGAAGCGUGCUGCCAUGGAGAAGAGACGGUCACUAAACGACUUUGAGCGUUUCAGCGUGAUGGUUACAAAGAAGCAGCGGAGAGAUGUCGUCAGGAAGACCCUAGCCAAGGCUGCAUAGAGGAUGUAUGGAUACAAAAUAUUGGGCAUCUUGGUAGGAUGUCGCCUCGUUGCAUGAUCCACACCUUCCCUUACAUCUCUUAUGCCUACCAUGAUAUAUGCAUGCACCAUGCCCGAGCUAUAUCACUAACCAUUCGCCUCCAAGUAAGAUCUGUUAUUCUCAACUAGUCGGCUUCUCCUGGGUUUGAGUGAUACCCCUUUUUGCUCUUUCGACUGUUGCUUCUGCCUCUACCUCUACUAGAGCAGCUGAUGCCCAGCUAUGAAAACCCCCCUUGUCAAACGCUUCUCUAAGG